GAGAAGGCUGUGCUGUCGACAGGUCCGGUGCACCACUUCCAUGCGGGGCAAAAUGAUGCGGGAUGGGGUUGCGGGUGGAACAACAUCCAAAUGCUGUCCUCGCAUCUGUUGCAGUGCAAUGAGGACCUGGGGACAGAGCUGUUUGGUGGGUGCGGUUUCACGCCAGACAUCCCAGCGCUGCAGGCGUGGCUGGCCUGCGCAUGGGCAUCAGGCUUUGACGAUGAGGGCGCGGCUCAGCUGGGUUGCCAGAUCCAGGGCACCCGCAAGUGGGUGGGCACAACUGAAGCUGCAGCCACCCUCAGACAGUUUGGCAUCCGCGCGCAUGUGGUCGAUUUCAAGGACAUCGAUGUUUUGUCGUUUGCCUCUCAGGUGCUUCAGGACUACGACCUGUGCGGGAAGUGCUAUGCUAUGGACUGCGCGAAGCCUACUGGACCCUUCGCUGAGAUACUCACUCCUUACGACGGUUCCGCAGCAGGUUCCCAGAAGCAGGUUGACCACUCACCUUUGCUGGACUGGGUGUGGCACUACUUCAUCGAAGAGGAUGCAAAGGGGCAGAAGAGCCAGGGGGAGGGCAACAACAAGGGCAAUCCUGUCAUCCUCAGUGGCAAGCCCCCCCUCUACUUCCAGCACGAGGGCCACUCGCGCACGAUAGUGGGCAUUGAGAAGGCGCAGGACAGUGGCGGGCAACCCCCCCAGGUGUACUUGCUGAUCCUGGACCCAUCCCUGACCACUGGGGCGCUUGAAAGGGCGCUGCGUCAGCGCAAGGGCUGGCAGAGGCUCAUCAAGCGCAGCAUGUGCAUGCUCCAGAAGCGGGAGUACCAGCUGCUGCACUGCCUCAAUGGCCUUGCCACAGGAGCAGAGCUGGAGGAGCUCAAGAUCAUGCGGGCCUCUCAGCAAUUUGGCUUCUGA